CACAAUUGAUGGUAACACGGACGAAACAUGGCGAACCACCUUCGCUUCGUCGCUCGGACUGUCAUGGUCCAGAACGGCAAUGUCGAUGCGGCAUAUGGCGCUCUGAGCAGAGUGCUGUCCACUGAUGGAAUAAUUGAAUCUGUGAAGCGUAGAAGAUACUACGAGAAACCCUGUCGUAAGCGAGAGAGAAAGAGCUAUGAGAACUGUAAGAGAAUCUACAAUACUGAGAUGGCCAGAAAGAUUUCUUUCGUAUCAAAGACACAAAGACAAGAUCCAUGGCUGGGAUGUUAAGAUGACAUAAACUGACUGUUCGUGUCGACCAACAUAUGAGUCAUGCAGCUUGAUCUGAAGAUGAAGAUCCACAGGAACAUUUUACAUGUUCACCAUUAAGAAGUCAUUGCAGGACUAUGUUGUGAUAUUGCUGACUUAACAUGUUGACUAACUGCUGUAUGUUGUUAAUAAUAAAAAGCUGUAAAAUCA